CACCUUCCGCCAGUCAUGCAUUAAAGGAAAGCUCUGAUCAUCAACAAAAAUGCAAAUGCUCUCACACUCAUUUGCUUCACUGCAGAAACCUUCUUCGCCUCUCCAAUGGCAGAAUCGAACCUUGAAUUUCUCCUCUUCAUCUUCUUCAUCUUGCUCUGUUUUUACCAUGGAAACUCAUCGCCAUUUGGUUCAGAGGACGAUGAGUCCUGGCUGAGCGAAGAAGACGACGAAGUUCACAUUGUUCAGAGCGGCGGUGAUUCUCAGAGGCGGUGCGAUUUUUCCGAAGGAAAAUGGAUUUUCGAUCAAUCUUAUCCAUUGUACGAUUCAUCUUGUCCGUAUCUUAGUUCCGCCGUCACUUGUCAAAGAAAUGGCCGGCCGGAUUCUGACUACGAGAAGUGGAAAUGGAAGCCGCGCAGUUGCUCCAUUCCCAGGUUUGAUGCCUUGAAUUUUCUCGGGAAAAUGAGAAGGAAAAGGAUAAUGUUAGUGGGGGAUUCUAUAAUGAGGAACCAGUGGGAAUCUCUUGUUUGCUUAGUACAAGGAGUUGUACCAACCGGUAGAAAAAGGGUGACUUAUAAUGGUCCUUCCAUGGCUUUCCAUGCUAUGGAUUUUGAGACUUCAAUUGAGUUUUCAUGGGCUCCACUUCUGGUUGAACUGAACAAAGGAGCUGAAAACAAGAGAGUAUUGCAUUUAGAUAGAAUUGAAGAGAACGCCAAGUACUGGACAGGAGUUGAUGUUCUUGUGUUUGAUUCAGCUCACUGGUGGACUCACUCUCAACAAUGGAGCUCAUGGGAUUAUUACAUGGAGGGCCAGAAUAUGUACAAAUACCUGAAUCCAAUGGUUGCAUAUGAGAAGGGACUUACCACAUGGGCCAAAUGGGUAGAUUUGAACUUGAACCCCGAAAAAACCCGAGUAAUUUUUCGAAGCAUGUCUCCCCGACAUAACAGAGACAAUGGUUGGAAAUGCUACAACCAAAGGCAGCCUUUAGCCUACUUCAGCCAUCAGCACGUUCCGGGGCAGCUGCGCAUUCUUCAGGGAGUACUGAGAAGGAUGAGAUUCCCAGUAUACCUUCAAGACAUCACAGAAAUGUCUGCACUUAGAAGAGAUGGCCACCCGUCCGUGUACCGGAACGGUUUGGGUCAAGAAGGGAAGCAGCACCAGGAAGGUCUAUCCUCUGAUUGUAGCCAUUGGUGCCUCCCUGGUGUGCCUGACAUUUGGAAUGAGAUGUUAAGUGUCUUACUCUAAGUUCAAAUGGUUGCUGGACUAGCUCAAAAUGAAGUCAUUAGAGCCACUCUUCUGCCAGCAUAGGUCUGUCUAUCUCUUGAGCUAGCUUCUUAGGUUUCUACAAUGGUUAGCUACUGCUUAGUGUGUUGUAUUACAAAACCGUGUCUCGAUGCAGACGAUAUAUAUUAUCAUCUAACUAUGAAAUGGCAUUUGUAUAACCUUUCAAAUUC